AUGGCGACUUACAAACAGAAACCUCUUCGACUUCAGACUCACUAUGCCUCUAGUGAUUCAGAAGAAGCUUCAGGUUCUGAUCAAGAGUGGGUCGUGUUUCCUGGAGACCGUUCUUCCAGUAAGUCUCUUGACCGCAAAAUCGGUAAUCCCUCCAGUGACGAUGACUGGCAUGUUCUCAGUGACAACCUAAGUCCAACUGAAGAAGGUCUAACUGCAUCCGAAAGUAACUCUGAACUUAUCAGUGAUAAUGAUUCUGAGCAAUAUCAAGCUCAGGAAUACGACACUCACUUUGCAGAAGACAUUGUAAGCCAAGAUUACAUCGGCCAAAUGCCCUCUCACGAUGGUGUUGGAAAUUUUAAGGACGAAGUGUUUUCAGAUAUCGAUUUUACGCCUAUUGAAACGAAUAGCUUUUCUACCGAGUCCGAAGAAAAUCAUAACUCUGAGGCAGCGAAUCCCAAUAUCACAGGAGCUGAUGCCUUUGAUCAAAACCAAAACAUUCAUCAUUCAAGUCUUUCUGAAACUAAAGGAAGAACUCUUGGCAGUGCACGAGAUUCUUUAAUAUCCACGUUACGUCACGUAUUCCGAAUUGAAGAGGAAGUCGUCUCAUUAAUUGAGAGAGAACAGCCACCACAGGUCUAUCAACGACUUGCAGAAUCUGCCUCUGCUAACGCAAAGUUUGAGUUGGGUGACUUGGGCGUGAUGAAUCCUAUUAAAUCACUAGCAAAUGUGAACAAUGAAAACGCGACUGAUCAUUCCGAGAAUCAAGGACAAUCUUUACAAUCGUCCAUUAUUGAUAAUAUCCCCAUUUCUUAUACGCGUUUAUCCUCUGGCAAUGCUUCCAUUAUCACUAGACUAGGGAGUAGGCCCAAUGUUCUAAAAGAUCCAAUGGCUGUCAAAUUCCCACCAACUAUACCCAGGGGUGCGAUAAACGAUAUAUUGACAAACAGUCAUGAUAAUCAAGCAACUUCUAAUUCCCAGCAUACUUCUCAAGAUGACACAAACUCACUUCUUUCCACCGUAUGGACUACUUUUCGUCGUAUUACAAAUAACAUAAUCAUAAGCAAUGAUUCGGAAUCCUCUCAUAAUGAUAAUACACCUUAUUCCUCUGCCCUGUCCUAUGGAUCUUCUAGCCAUACACAUAAGGGUGGUUUGGCUUCGAUUAUCACAGGAUCUGGAGAAAACUAUUACACUUAUGAUGCUUGCUACCCACCUUUUGGCAACCAUCUUACCCUUUCUGAUCUUUAUGUAGCCACUAAUGACCAUGGUUAG